AUGGGGAAUACUUCUCCAGAACCACUGGAUGUGACCACCGAUGAUUCUGACUCCGAAUCCAUUGUCCCUCCAGAUGCUUCAUCUGACCCACAAGCAUGCCUGGUACACACCAGUGAAACCAUCCGGGUGCGUUACUUCAUGGAUCAUCUCUUGGAGAAGCACAGACCAAUCAUGCUGGUGGGAAACGCAGGCACAGGGAAGUCUGUGAUUGUAGGAGACAAGCUGUCCUUGUUGGAUUCUGAGAAAUACAUGGUGAAGAAUGUUCCCUUUAAUUACUACACUACGUCUGCCAUGCUGCAAGCUGUCCUUGAGAAGCCACUAGAUAAGAAGGCUGGAAGAAAUUAUAGUCCUCCUGGCGCCAAGAAAAUUAUCUACUUUAUUGAUGACAUGAAUAUGCCUGAAGUAGACAGUUAUGGGACAGUUCAGCCUCACACAUUGAUCCGUCAGCAUCUGGACUAUGGGCACUGGUAUGACAGAAACAAGCUGUCCCUGAAGGAAAUCAUGAAUGUGCAGUAUGUGUCGUGCAUGAAUCCCACGGCUGGUAGCUUCACUAUCAACCCACGCUUGCAGCGCCACUUCAGUGUGUUUGCCCUUUCAUUUCCUGGGUCAGAUGCUCUAUCCACCAUUUACAGCACAAUCCUAACACAGCACCUGAAGCAGGGGAACUUCCCUGGGGCUUUACAGAAAUCAUCACAGCAGUUAAUAAAUCUGGCACUUGCCCUUCACUUGAAAGUGGCUGCAACUUUCCUGCCAACAGCUAUCAAAUUUCAUUACAAUUUCAACCUAAGGGACUUGUCCAAUGUCUUCCAAGGUAUUCUGUUUUCAACCCCUGAAUGUCUGAAGACUCCCCAGGACUUAGUUAAGCUGUACCUGCAUGAAUCUAAUCGUGUUUAUCAGGAUAAGAUGGUUGAUGAGAAGGAUGUCAGUCUCUUUGAUAAAAUGCAAACAGAGACUGUGAAGAAGUAUUGUGAAGAAAUUGAGGAUACCCUGGAACAGACUAAGGAGAUUAACGUGUUUUGCCACUUCACAAAAGGAGUAGGGGAGCCCAAAUACAUGCCUGUCCAGAGCUGGGAAUCAUUAAACCUGCUGUUAGUGGAAGCCUUAGAGAAUCACAAUGAGGUCAAUGCUGCCAUGAACCUGGUGCUGUUUGAAGAUGCCAUGUGCCAUGUUUGCCGGAUGAACCGUAUCCUGGAGUCUCCCAGAGGGAAUGCAUUGCUGGUUGGUGUGGGAGGAAGUGGUAAACAGAGCCUGACAAGAUUAGCAGCUUUCAUCAGCUCACUGGAGGUUUUCCAGAUCACCCUGAGAAAAGGCUAUGGGAUUCCUGACCUGAAGGCUGACCUGGCAGCACAGUACAUUGCAGCAGGAAUGAAGAAUGUGGGUACUGUCUUUCUCAUGACAGAUGCUCAAGUGGCUGAUGAGAGGUUUUUAGUGCUGGUAAAUGACUUGCUAGCUUCAGGAGAAAUUGCUGAUCUUUUCCCGGAUGAUGAAGUUGAAAAUAUCAUCAGUAAUGUGAGGAAUGAAGUCAAAGCCCAAGGACAAAUGGACACCAGGGAGGCCUGCUGGAAAUUCUUCAUUGAUCGGGUUAGACGGCAGCUCAAGGUUGCUCUUUGCUUUUCUCCUGUGGGAAAUAAGUUGAGAGUUCGCAGUCGAAAGUUCCCAGCCAUUGUGAACUGUACAGCAAUAGAUUGGUUCCAUGAAUGGCCUCGAGAGGCUCUGGAGUCUGUCAGCUUGCGCUUCUUGCAAGGGACAGAAAAUAUUGAGGCUCCAGUGAAAGAAUCUAUAAGUAAGUUUAUGGCUUAUGUGCACACCAGUGUAAAUGGGAUGUCCCGUACUUACCUGAGUAAUGAACGUCACUAUAACUACACCACUCCUAAGUCAUUCUUGGAGCAAAUCAAACUGUAUCAGAAUUUGCUGCUUAAAAAGAGGAGAGAACUGACAGCAAAGAUGGAACGGCUGGAGAAUGGUCUGCAGAAGCUCAGCAGCACCUCCACCCAGGUGGAUGAUCUAAAAGCAAAGCUGGCAGCCCAAGAAGUGGAGUUGAAACAGAAAAAUGAGGAUGCAGACAAGUUGAUCCAGGUGGUGGGCAUCGAGACAGAGAAAGUGAGUAAGGAGAAGGCCAUUGCUGAUGACGAGGAGAAAAAGGUGGCCUUAAUUACCCAAGAGGUCCAGCAGAAGCAGAAAGACUGUGAGGAGGACCUGGCAAAAGCUGAACCUGCCCUUGCUGCUGCCCAGGAAGCUCUUCACACACUCAAUAAGACCAAUCUGACAGAACUGAAGUCAUUUGGAUCACCACCUUCCACUGUCAGCAAUGUCACUGCUGCCGUGAUGGCGCUCAUGGCUCCUAAUGGGAAGGUUCCAAAGGACAGAAGUUGGAAAGCAGCCAAGGUGGCCAUGUCAAAGGUGGAUGGCUUCCUGGACUCCUUGAUCAACUUCAAUAAAGAGAACAUACAUGAGAACUGCCUCCGAGCCCUGCAGCCCUACCUACAGGAUCCAGAAUUCAACCCUGAGUUUGUGACUUCCAAGUCCUAUGCAGCUGCUGGCCUCUGCUCCUGGGUCAUCAACAUUGUGCGCUUCUAUGAAGUGUAUUGUGAUGUGGAGCCCAAGCGGAAGGCCCUUAGCAAAGCAAAUGCGGAACUGGCAGCUGCUCAAGAAAAACUGACUAGCAUAAAGGCCAAGAUUGUGCACCUUAACGAAAACCUGGCAGUACUCACAGCCAGAUUUGAGAAGGCCACAGCAGAGAAACUAAAAUGCCAGGAAGAAGCUGAAGCCACCUCAAAGACUAUUUCCCUUGCAAAUCGACUGGUUGGUGGCCUUGCUUCUGAAAAUGUGAGAUGGGCUGAAUCUGUGAAAGAUUUCAGGAUUCAAGAGAGUGCGUUGUGUGGAGACGUCUUGCUGACAACAGCCUUUGUGUCCUACUUGGGUUACUUCACUAAGAAGUACAGGCAGGAUCUGAUGGAUACUGUUUGGAAGCCAUACUUGCACCAGCUGAAG